CUUUUCCGAUCUCUUACCAUUUCUUAAUUUCUCACACAUUAAUUCAUGCAUAAAUAUUCUAACAAGUGAUCAUGACAUUGCCACCUCAUCCCUCCACUUCCACCGUCGUCAACAACCGCCAUGUCCUUUCUAAUCAUGUUGCACCGCCACCAACGACGGUUUCCGGUGAUAUUGCAGCUACAAUGAGGGUAUCAGGGAUCUUGCUCAAGUGGGUUAAUUGUGCUAAAGGCUGGCGACCACGAUGGUUUGUUCUACAAGAUGGUGUUCUUUCCUAUUAUAAUGUUCAUGGCCCCGAUAAAACCGUUAUCACGAAAGAAACCGAUAAAGGCUGUCGGGUGAUAGGCAGCCGUUUGUCUCAUAAUCGCCGCCACGUUAACCCUCAUCACCUCCACCGGAAGCCGCUUGGUGAACUUCACCUCAAGGUAUCGUCUAUUCAGGAAAGUAGAUCAGACGAUAGACGGUUUUCGAUAUUUACCGGCACAAAAAGGCUGCAUUUGAAGGCCAAGACUCAAGAAGAUCAAACGGAAUGGCUGGAAGCUUUACAGGCAGUCAAGCGGAUGUUCCCACGAAUGUCGAACAGUGAAUUGAUGAAUCCGGCAAGGGUUUCCACAGAAAAGUUAAGGGAGCGAUUAUUGGAAGAAGGCGUAAAUGAGACCGUCAUUCAAGAUACCGAAAGGAUUAUGAGGAGUGAAUUUUCGGAAAUGCAAGAUCAAUUGGUGCUUCUCCGGAAGAAAGUUUUCCUUCUCAUCGAUACAUUACAAAUGUUAUAGUCCCCAU